AUGAAUGCGUGUGCCAAGUCGCACUAUUACGCACACAAGGCUGUCGAGUUCUACAACGAGAUGCAGGAACCUCAUGGAGACUUUAUCCAAGCCGAGCAGAUCAUUCGACACAUGGAACGGCAUCAUGUACCCAUGACCGAGUUCGUGUAUAACACGCUGUUUAACGUGUACGCACGCGCUCAGUUUCGCGCUAUUGUGGACAAGGCUCCGCGGAAUCAGAAGCCAUUGCCCAAAGCUGAACCCAUUUACCAGGAGCCACUGGAAUGGGACGACGACGGGAAGGAAAUCGACUUGACACGUCCAGGAAAGGAGACGUUCUCGCUGGAGAAUGCCAACUACGAUGGACGCUUUGACGAGGAGGGCGAGGACGAGGACGAAAUGGACGAAAGGGACAGCUACAAGCUCAGUCCAGAGGCAUUGGCACAAGUGGAAGCGUUGCGUCAGCAGGAUGAGUCCAGUCACGAAAAAGUGAAGAAGGCCGAGUCGACGGCACUGGUCAAGACGGAGCGGAGUAUGGAAGUCUAUGGCCAAGAGGACGACAAGCUGUUUGCUGACAGUGAGGAAUCGCUGGACUUUGAGCUGAUGCCGAUGGACUUGACAGACUUUGGCCAGUUCCAGACGCUCAACAUCAAGCGUGCGGAGGUUCGGUUCCAUGAAAUGACCUUCGAGAAGGGUCUCAAGCCGUCUCGGACGACGUUGAACUCGAUGCUGGGCGUGUACACGAAUGCACUGCGUCUUCGCUCGGCCGAAGUCUUUAUGGACGAGACGUUCUCCAAGUUCGAGCUCAGGCCCAACAAGUUCACGUACCGUAGUAUGAUGCAGAUGUACGUGCGCGCGAAGCGGACGACUCAAGCGGAGCAGUUGCUGGAGCGUGUGCGUUCGGAGAUCGAGAGCGGAGAUGUGGAGGCGGACGAGGUGACAUUCGGCUUGCUGACGCGCUGGGGCUGCAGCUGCAGGAGAAGCAUCUGA